AUGGGCGACAAGAUCUACAGCGCGACAUAUAGUAAUGUCCCGGUGUAUGAGUGCAAUGUGGAGGGCAACCAUGUGAUGCGCAGGAGGUCCGACGACUGGAUAAAUGCGACUCACAUAUUGAAGGUUGCCCAAUAUGACAAGCCCGCACGCACCCGAAUAUUGGAGCGUGAAGUCCAGAAAGGUGUGCACGAGAAGGUGCAAGGCGGUUAUGGCAAAUAUCAAGGCACCUGGAUCCCACUGCCUGAUGGUCGUGCUCUGGCGGAGAAGAAUGGCGUGUUGGCAAAACUCCAAGCCAUGUUCGAUUAUGUUCCUGGCGACAGAAGCCCACCGCCAGCGCCCAAGCACGCGACAGCCGCUUCAUCCAAGCCCCGCCAGCCUCGUGCGCCUGCGCAGGCUCGCCGUCAACCUGUCUACGCACACGCACCGGAGUACGACAAUGUCGAUACAAGCAUGAUUGAUGCCGAUACGCCUGAUAAUGUCACGAUCGCGUCCGAAUCAGCCUUUGACGAAUUCGAAAACCAGGAUGCGCACUACACCGGAUCUCGCAAGCGGCGCCGCAUCGAAGAAACCAUGUCGCACGCCGACAAGGAACACCAGAUGUGGGCCGACGAAUUACUCGACUACUUCAUGCUACAGGACAGCCCUCACGAUUCUCUUCCUUCUGCGCCGCAUCCGCCUGCAACGGCAGAUCUGAACAGACCUAUUGAUGACAAAGGUCACACAGCGUUGCACUGGGCAGCCGCCAUGGGCGAUAUCGAAGUUGUCAAGGACCUCAUCAGGCGCGGCGCUAGCAUUGAUGUGCAGGCCAAGAACGGCGAGACGCCACUCAUGCGAGCAGUGGUGUUCACUAACAAUUUCGACCGUCAGAACAUGCAGAAGCUGGCAGGACUUCUCAUUCGGACCGUGCAGAUGCAAGAAUGGUUUGGCAGUACUGUUUUCCAUCAUAUUGCCAACACAACCGAGCGGAAAAGCAAAUAUCAAUGUGCCCGAUAUUACCUCGACUGCAUUUUGGAUCAAAUGUCUGCAGUGCUGGGACCGGACGGCAUCGAGCGCGUGCUCAACACACAGGAUCACAGUGGCGACACCGCGAUCACAAUCGCUGCGCGCAACGGAGCAAGGAAGUGCGUACGGAGCCUGAUUGGCAGAAAUGCUGCAGUCGACAUUCAGAACAUGGUUGGCGAGACCGCAGAUCAAUUGAUUGUACAACUGAAUCAUCGUCGACAAGAACGCUCACAGAUGAGCAACCGGCAAAUGUCAUCUUCGCCGUACCAAAAUGAUGGCAGCCUUGGUCUCGUUGCUGGGGGAGGCGCGGUGCAGCCGCACCACGGCGGAGCCAGCGGCGGCCUACCAAUUGAUCCCAUGCUAUCUCAGUCGCACAAUGGCGAGCCGCAGAUUCUGGAUGGUGUCUCUGCCGUUGGCCACCGAUCCGAAGCUGCAGUUGCGCUGAUGUCAUCAAUUACGCCUGUCCUGUUGAACAAGGCGAAGGAUUUGGCAAACAGUAUCGAUGCAGAAAUCGCUGAGAAGGACGCCGAACUCGCAGAAGCGGAGCGSGUUGCUGCCAUGCGCCGCCAGGAGAUUGACCUGUUAAAACGCCAGGCGGAGGAGCUGCGUUUGAAGGAAAUUGAGCAGAGCGUGGUCGGCGAGGCUGGUGAUGAUGAGCUUUUGGCAGAGCUGGAGCAGUUGAUGGCCGAGUGUGAAGGCUUGACGGAGGACGAACAAGACCACGCAUUGACAGAGUUGUUAAGCCAAGAGGAGCAAGCGCUGCAGGUAUCAUCACCGAACGACCUUGAUCUGGACGACACGGAGGAUGCAGAAACAGCCAACCAGAAAAUGAUCAUGGUUCGAGAGCUUCGCGAUUUGGUGCAGCAGCGCAAGAACUUGUUCCGGACGAUUGUGCAGCAUCUUUCGGUCGCAGGCGUGGGAGAUAAGCAGAGCGAGUACAAACGCCUCAUCACCGGCGCGCUGGGAGUGCGAGAAGAAGACGUCGAAGCGAUGCUGCCCGAGAUUGUCGCAGAACUGGACGAUUGGCAGCUGGAGCACGCGAGUUCGUAG